UGUCAAACCCAACCCAAAAAAGUCAAAACAUUGUUUCUUUCAAAAACGUGCGGUAGGAACUUUGCAAAACUAUUAAAUUAAACCAAAAAAUGGUUACCAAAGUUGCUGUAGUGACCGGAGCGAAUAAAGGAAUAGGUUUCGCGAUUGUCCGAGGCCUUUGUAAGAGAUUCGAUGGCGUUGUUUACCUUACAUCCCGCGACGAAACUCGAGGUGAAACCGCUGUGAUACAACUUGGCAAAGAGGGUUUACACUCAAAAUAUCACCAAUUGGAUAUUACUAGCGUGAAAAGCGUUGAGAAGUUUCGCGAUUAUAUACAGAAAGAGUACGGCGGCAUUGAUAUUUUGGUAAACAACGCGGCCAUGGCGUUUAAAAGCAACGCGAAGGAGCCUGUGACGGUGCAAGCCGAACAGACUUUGUUCGUGAAUUAUUUCAGUCUGCUGUCUACUUGCGAGAUUUUAUUCCCUAUACUGCGCGAUGGGGCUAAAGUGGUCAAUAUCUCAAGCUCAGCCGGCCAUUUGACUCAUAUACCAAGUGUGGCUUUGAGGAACAGAUUUAAAGACCCUAAGUUGACCGUUGAGCAGUUGGGAGAGUUGAUGCAGGAGUAUAUUGAGGCGGCUCGGAAGGGGACGCAGCUGGCGGAAUGGGGCAACUCGUCUUAUGUAGUCUCUAAGGUUGGAGUAACAGCGUUGACCAAGAUUCAACAACGAAUGUACAAUGAUAGAGAUAUAAAGGUGAACGCUGUACACCCCGGCUACGUGGACACAGACAUGUCGUCCCACAAGGGCCCUCUGACCAUCGACGAAGGCGCCUCAGCCCCGCUGUUCCUAGCCCUGGAGGCCGGGGACUCCGUGAGGGGACAGUAUGUGUGGUAUAACAGCAAGAUUGUCUCCUGGGAUGGAGAGAAGCCGGAAGGUUAAACUUACCCUUUACCUUUUAAGCCCUAUCCACCCCACACUAGCGGUCUUUUGAGCGUCGGACCAAACCCAAACCAAACGGACGACUGGGAUCAUAUCUCUAUCUCUCUCACCCUACUCACAGGGCGGACACGCUGUACAUCAAAAAUCACUUGCGUUUCUAUGUGUGAACGGCACGUCUGUACACGCGUCAUGCGUCAUUGUGUGACUAAGUUGUUUAAAAAUAGUACUGAGCGGCCGGCAAACGGCCGUCAAUCUGCUGUCGCAGGGCGAGGUCAUUCGAGUCGGGGCGGGGCGGGGUGGUGCGUGGCCGUUCUGUAUGAUAAUACUAUUACUUAUUCUGUGCCCUACUUUCGACCAUGCGAGCGUGAAUGAGAAGUUUUACGACCCCGGUCGUCCGUUUGGUUUGGGUCUACUAUAGUUAGCGCUAUGGAAAAUGGCGUCGCUGCGCAGUUACGCUAAAGCCUAGUUCGGAUUACGUUAGUAAUUUAGUCGAGUGGCGAGUAUUUGUGACU